GGUUCCGCCUAACUGACGCCGUCCACCCUCCGGUCCUUCCCGUGAUCGCGACCCCCGCCGCGGCAGCAUGAGCACGUUGUGGAUGGGCAACCUGGAGAUCUACAUGGAUGAGAAGUUCAUCACCAGGUCCUUCUCCACCAUGGGGGAGCAGGUGGUCAAUGUGCGCAUCAUACGCAACAAGAUGACCGGGGGGGCCCUGGGCUACUGCUUCGUGGAGAUGACCGAUGAGGCCACAGCGGAGAGAUGUCUCCGCAAAAUCAACGGGAAAUCCUUGCCGGGAUCCAGUCCGGCCACGAGGUUCAAACUGAACCGAGCCACCUUCGGGAAGCAGGACAGUGGUCAGAUGUACUCUCUGUUUGUGGGAGAUCUCACUCCGGAGGUGGACGACGGGAUGCUUUACGAGUUCUUUUACAACCGCUACCCUUCCUGUCGAGGGGGGAAAGUAGUGCUGGACAGCAUGGGCAACUCCAAGGGCUGUGGCUUUGUCCAGUUCCCAGACGAGCGGCUGCAGAAGCGGGCCUUGGAGGACUGUCAGGGCGCCGUGGGCCUGGGGGGUAAGCCUCUGAGGCUGAGCCUGGCUGCCAACAACUUAAGGAACCGGCAGCAGCAGCAGCAGCCGCCGUCGGAGCAGAGGGCGUGGCAGGCCGGCUCGGGGUACAAGCCCGGCUACGACCAGUUCAACCAGUACCAGCAGCAGGCCUACCCGGGGUACUACCCCUCCUGGGGCUACGACCAGGCCGCCGGAGGCUACGGCUACAACUACCAGCAGUACGACUACUCUCAGUACCCCCCCCCCCAGGAGGCGGAGGCCGUGGAGGACGACGGGCUGGAAGACCCCAGCCCCCAGCUGGAUGUGCUGGAGGCCAACAGGAAGUUCAUGGCGCUGAGCGAGGAGCUGUACGACGCCCUGAUCGAGUGCCACUGGCAGCCGAGUGCCGAGCCCGACUACCUGCCCUGUGGCCUGCCGGAGCCGCUCUACUGCUGACCGGGCCUGGUGUUCUGAUGGAUCUGCAGAAUGUGUUGGUCAGACACGGACUGUAAGGAGCCGACCCAGAGACACGCUCUGGGCCGGCGCUGAACCCCUCGGCUCCUAGUCCACGUUGUUGAUGUCUAUGUAAUCUUUAUUGUAACCACGGCAACGGGUCAUCUCCUCUGUGAAGAACUCCAGAGCAGCUCGUCAUCAAUAAAAGGAGCAGGAAGCUGA